AUGUCCCGGGUGAUCCCAGGUCAUGUGGACGUGUCCGAGGUGCAGAAGCUGCAGGUGCUGCUGAAGCCGAGGGGGGUUGGGGUGCAGAAGCUGCAGGCGCUGCUGAAGCCGAGGGGGGUUGGGGUGCAGAAGCUGCAGGCGCUGCUGAAGCCGAUGAUGCUGCGGCGGCUGAAGGAGGACGUGGAGAAGAACCUGGCGCCCAAGCAGGAGACCAUCAUCGAGGUGGAGCUCACGGGCAUCCAGAAGAGGUUCUACCGCGCCAUCCUCGAGAGGAACUUCGCCUACCUGGCCAAGGGGGCGGGGCACGGCAACGUGCCCAACCUGCUCAACACCAUGAUGGAGCUCCGCAAGUGCUGCAACCACCCCUACCUCAUCAACG